GCAAGCGCUCGCCAACUCACUUGCAGGUCUGGAGUUUGACAGAGGGAAGAUUUUUCUGCUCAGGAAAGAGAAGCUCAGCUCGUGAAGAUGUGGAAAGUCUGUGUUGUUGCUGUGAUCGUCAGUGUUACGCUGGUGUCAGCCUCGUGUCCAAAGGACUGCCGGUGUCCCCCUGACACCCCUCGAUGUGCGGCAGGAGUCAGUCUCACGCUGGAUGGCUGUGGAUGCUGCAGAGUUUGUGCACGGCAGCUCUUUGAGGACUGCAGCAAGACACAGCCAUGUGACCACACAAAGGGACUGGAGUGCAACUUAGGAGGGAGAUAUGGCUCUGCGCAGGGCAUCUGUCGAGCCAAAUCAGAUGGAAGAACUUGUGAGUACAACAACAAGAUUUACCAGAACGGGGAAAUCUUCCGUCCAAACUGCAAACACCAGUGCACUUGCAUGGACGGCGCUGUUGGAUGCGUGUCCCUCUGCCCGCGUGAGCUCACGCUGCCCAAACUGGGCUGUGCCAAGCCCAGGCGGGUCAAGGUGCCGGGACGGUGCUGUGAACAACUCGUCUGCCCCGGAGAAACAAAGACGGAGAGCUCUGUGGGAAAGAAGCACAGGAAAAAGCACAGCAAAGAGAGAAGACCCUCUGAAGAAGACCUUACCAACAGGAAUGAGUUGGCUCCUGUGUGGAGAGGAGAGUCAAAGUCUUUACCUGCUUUCAUGAGUCACCCAAUGGGCCACAUGAAGGUCAGAGGUGUCGAGUGUACGUCUCAAACCACAGCUUGGUCCCCCUGCUCCAAAUCUUGUGGCACUGGAGUGUCCACCAGGCUGACCAACAGCAACACCCAGUGCAAACCGGUGAAAGAGACUCGGAUCUGUUCAGUCCGCCCAUGCAAGCAAACGACCUUUACCGGACUGAAGAAAGGUCAGAAAUGUAGCCACACAGAAAAGGCCAGCCGUCCAGUCAAACUGUCCUACGCAGGCUGCCGCAGCCUGAAAAAGUUCCAGCCGAGGUACUGCGGGUCCUGCUCGGACGGGCGAUGCUGCAGGCCUCACCGGACCCAGACGUCACCUGUCCGCUUCCGAUGCAGAAAUGGCGAGAUCGUCAGCAGGAUGGUGAUGAUGAUCGAGUCUUGCAAGUGUACCCAAAACUGCCCCAGCAGCAGCGAAAAGACAGCUGCCCCCUACAGACUGUUUAAUGACAUCCACAAACUGAAGAAGUUCUGAACUCAAGAGGACAACAAGACCCCUGAAACGCUGACUGCGCUUGAGGUUGAGGUUGGCGGUCUUGAGGUUGCAGACAUCUGUAGGAUGAAUUUCUCGAACUCUUAUUGUUCAUGAUUUUGCUUCAUAACACUGGAGCCUUGUGAUUUGCUUCUUUUAGAAGCAUUUUUUUUUACAUUGUGAAAAUUCUUAUUUUUGUAGUUAAACCAAAAUUCAUACACAACCUUCACAUAUUUAAGCCUCUCUUGACAAGACAUGUCACAUGACAACACGGAAAUGACAUAAAAACUAUGGCAGCUACGAAAUCAGUCAUCGCACACGUCGCUAUGUUUCUGCUGAUUUACUGUAUUUACUCAUUUUAUUUAUAAGGAUUAAUAUAUCGUACUUCACCUGAUGGGUUGUUAGAUUUCAUCAUGAGAUAUUGUACAAUAAACUCUACCAUAUAUGAGGUAGCCAAUUAACUGCAAA